AUGACCAACGUUGAUCCUUUUUCUUCACCCAAGUGGCCACCAAUAAAAGAAGCAUUCGAGAUUCAAAAGAAAAUAUGUGAAAUCACUACAAAUGAUGUUGUGGGAAAAACAUUACCAUCCGUCGAUGAGUGGAAAUAUUUUUUGACAACAUACGCGAAGUAUACCAGUUUCAGCGUCCGAAGAGAUGAUGUUGUCCGCGAUGAUGAAGACAUUAUCACGAUGAGGAGGUGGGUUUGCUCCAGUGAAGGAUUUAGAAGACAAAAAUAUAUUGAUAUGCCUGAAAGACAAAGGAGACCUAAACCUAUCACAAGAACUGGUUGUGGGGUGGCGUUUAGAAUAUUGCGUUCAAGGGAUAAGACAUGUUACACUGCAAAAGAAUUCGUGAUACAACACAACCAUCCCACUGCCACUACCUUAGAAAUGAAUUACCUGAGAUCGAAUCGUGAGGUCCCAGAUUCAAUGGUUGCCCAAGUAAGAACUAUAAAUAAAUUGGGGAUCAAGACAUCUAAUAUAAUGGCACAUGUCGCACUACAAGCUGGGGGCUAUGAAAAUGUUCCUUACCAAUUGAAAGAUGUUUACAAUGUUGUUGCCAAAUAA